GCGAUAUCUUCAUGUCGAGCUUUCCCCGCAUUCUUGCAAAUCUUUGUCUUUGAAGCUUCGUUUGAUCUCGUCCUUGUCAUUCUAACCAUGGCGCAGCUAGUUGAGUUCAGGCAGUCAGAUCUCCUGGUAGAAGUACUGCCGAGGUACACCGACAAGCCUUGCGACGAGAAGAUCAUGCGGAGAUUCCAUGAUGAUGAAGAUGAGACUGGGAGUCAGGUGUCGAGCACAAUAAACCUUGAGGAUCUGGAGGUUCAAAGACAGUCAAAUCGAGAUCGCGCAUCUCAAACUUGGUGGAGCAGGUUCGGUUGUUGCGGACGAAGACGCGAAGAAACAGAUGCCAAGAGAAGGGCACGGAGGAUACGAUGGUAUCGCGGGUGUGGUAUCAGUGUUGUUGUUCUAACAAUCUUUGGUACUAUCGCGGCAGGUGUUUACGUAGCCUUUGUGUCCGUACUGUUACGGCGACUCGCUCCUUCUCCUAGACAUAACGGCCUCCAGCAUAUUGUCGACACUUGGGAAGAACCAAAUGCAGGCGUAGCUUUUCAAUAUGACUGGAGGGAUGACUUCAGCCGCGAUAUCGUACCGAAAAACUGCCACUCCCACAAUGAUUACUGGCGCGCUGUGCCUCUGUAUGCGGCGCUGGCAGUAGGUUGUACCAGCAUCGAAGCAGAUAUCUGGCUGACCGAGGACGACGAACUACUAGUCAGUCACUCCUGGGAUUCUACAACCAAGGACCGGACGAUAAAGAGCCUAUACCUCGACCCGUUGGCAAACAUUCUCGAGCAAAGAAAUGCAACAACAGCAGACUCGCAAGACAAGGAGACGGGGAUCUUCGACAUGGACCCAACCACAACGACAGUCCUACUCAUCGACUUCAAAUCCGACGGCGCAGCAACAUGGCCAGUUCUACUCUCCCAACUCGCUCCACUCCGCGAGAAGAACUGGUUAACCUAUUACGACGGCGAGACUCUUCAUCAAGGACCCCUCACCAUCGUCGGCACGGGAAAUACUCCCUUUAACCUCAUUCAAGACGCCGCAACGAACCGCUACAUCUUCUUCGAUGCACCUCUCCUGUCCAUCUCAAAUGACUACAAUACUACAAACUCUUACUAUGCAUCUUCUGCCCUCAGCAGCGCAGUGGGCAAGGUACGGUUUGCGACCAUGUCAUCAGGACAGAUCGAGAGGGUCAAAGAGCAAGUCGAAGCAGCGGAUGCAAAGGGCCUGAAGAGUAGGUAUUGGGGCACUCCGAGUUGGCCGAUUGGCAGGCGAGAUGAGGCGUGGAAGGUGCUGAUGGGUGCUGGUGUUGGGGUGCUAAAUGUGGAUGACUUGCCUCUAGCCAACGAGAACAUGGAGAACCGAACCACCGACAUACCCCUCCAGACUGUCGUCAGUCACACCCCCUCGCAGUCCUCGCCCACAUCCGGAAAUGAAAAGUCGGAGAAAGGGCAUACUUUUUCACGGGGACGCAGGAAGCUGGCAGUGGUCGACUCCAGGACUGGAGCACCGCUGCCUCCUCGCGCAAGUGAAGAGAAGACGGCUCUCAACCGCAUGGGCAGGAUCUACACCAAGAUCCUAAACUUCAGCAUUGUCACCCGCUAUAUGAUCUAUGUCGCUCCUGUAGCGCUGCUACUCGCCAUUCCAAUCAUCCUUUCGCAGACAGGCACGAUUACCGGCUCCAUUGGCAACACAAACCAGAAGAAAUUCUGGAUCUGGAUCGAGAUCAUCUGGCUCAGUUUCUGGGUCAUGAAGAUUGUGGCACACUUUAUCCCUAACGUUUUCGAGUUCCUCAUCGGUGUGGUCAGCCCAGGUGUCAAGAAGUAUGCGCUGCUAUUGAGAGCCGUGGAGAAGCCUCUGUCUUUCGUCUUCUGGAUGAUUGUCAACCAGGCGACUUUCCCUGCUCUUGUCCGAGUCAACCCCGGCAAGGAUAGACUGGGCUGGAUGGACACCAUGCAAUCGGUCCUGCUUGCCCUCCUCGUCUGCACCAUCAUCAUCCUCGCUGAGCGCGUCUUGAUCCAGCUCAUCAGUAUCAGCUACCACCGCAAGCAGUUUGACGACAAGAUCAAGGAGUCUAAGCGCAACAUCUACCUCCUCGGUAUCCUCUACGACACUUCGCGGUCGCUAUUCCCCGCCUACUGCAAUGAGUUUGCUGAGGAAGACUACAUCAUCCAGGACACAAUUCUUGAUCUCGGUUUCGGUAGCAGGAAGGGAACGACCAAGCAUGGCCGAUCCGGUAGCCGCACGCCCAUGCGUCUUAUCCAAGAAGUUGGUCGAGACGCUGGUCGUAUUGGUGAUAAGAUCACAUCAGUUUUCGGUACUAUCGCUUCCGAGAUCACUGGCAAGAAAGUGUUUGACCCCAACUCGGCUCAUUCCGUCGUCUUGACCGCUUUGGAGAGGAACAAGAGUGCUGAAGCCCUGGCUAGGCGUAUCUGGAUGUCCAUGGUCGUCGAAGGCAAGAACGAGCUUUACUUGGAAGAUCUCGUCGAAGUCAUGGGUCCAGGUCGCCAGGAGGAGGCCGAGGAAUGCUUUGCUGCGAUUGACCGAGACGGAAACGGCGACAUCAGUUUGGAAGAGAUGAUCUUGACUGUGACUGAUUACGCCAGGCAGCGAAAGUCGAUCAACUCGAGCAUGCACGAUGUUGACCAAGCUAUCAACGCUCUCGACGGUCUGAUCAUGACCAUUGCUGUUAUCGUCUGCAUUUUCGUCUUCGUCGCUUUCCUUGCUCCCGCUUUCCGUACCACACUCGCCACAUCCGCGACCGCUCUUCUUUCGCUCUCUUUCGUGUUCGCAACGACUGCCCAGGAAGUUCUCGGUUCUUGCAUCUUUCUCUUCGUCAAGCACCCUUACGAUAUCGGUGACCGUGUCGAUAUUACCACUGAGCAGCUUACUGUGGAACAUAUUGCUCUGCUUUACACCGUGUUCAAGCGCGUCACAAAUGGAAAGACGGUCCAGAUUCCCAACAUCGUUCUGAACUCUCUAUGGGUAGAGAACAUCACACGAAGCAAGGCCAUGCGAGAGCAAGUCUCGGUCUUCUGCGACUUUGGUACAUCGUUCGAAGACAUCAAUCUGCUUAAAUUGGAGAUGAUGAGCUUCGUUCGCGACCCUGCUAACGCCCGCGAGUUCCACCCUGAUAUCGACAUCGAGGUUGUUAGCAUUGCCGAGAUGAACAAGCUAGAGCUUCGUGUCGAGAUUCGUCACAAGAGCAACUGGUCCAACGAGUCACUCCGCGCAUCUCGAAGAUCCAAGUUCAUGUGCGCGCUUGUCGUUGCUCUGCGCAAGGUUCCGAUCAACGGCCCAGGUGGAGGAGAUGCCGCUCUGGGCUCGCAAGACAAGCCCACAUGGUCUGUUGCAGUUCCACCUGCGGAGGCUGUCGCAGCAUACGAAAAGUACAAGGCCAACGCCGACGCCGGCCGUCUGCACCCACUCAACCCCGUCCAAGAGGAUACCGGCAAGUCUACUGGCACAGACUACCUGGGCACCGAAGACAACGCAAUCACCUCGCUCAACAACAGGAGACCAGGCCUAGACACUAUCCGCGACGACACCUGGGAAGCUCGAGACGAUUCCAGCACCAUUGGCCGUCCUAGCAUGUCAGACCAAAGGCCCGAUCUCGAUGAAGUCCGCGGUCUACUCCGCAAAGCCAGUUCAGCCGGAAAGAGGAAGGGUGGCACCACGCUAUCACCAUUCGGCUCCCGCGUCUCCGUCGAUACACCGCGUCAGAACCCACCACCCCCUCUACCACUCAACAUAGUACCGUCUGGUAGUCAGUACGCACAGCCGCCAACAGGCAACUUGCCGCCACCGCCUCGCAGCACUGCUCCUGGGUCGCCGAGUUCCAUCUCCACGGGGCAGGUAGAGGAGUACUCGUACCAGACUAUGGUGCCUCCGCCUCGCUCACGCAGCCGACCGCGCGCUCCGCAGGUGGAAGAGGAUGAGGGCGAGAGGCAGUGGCAACCUAAUGCUAAUGCGCCGGCGAGGGCCCCAUCGAAUACGAAUAACCCGUAUAGGAGUCCGGGGUCGCCGCAGCAGGGAUUCCAGUCUUUUAAGAGGGAGUAG